GUUAGAGUACGUAACUUACUUAAUAUUAAUGAGCCAGCAAGUUCAGUUACUAGGCAACCAGCUGAAAACACAAACGAGGCUCUUGUGGGCAAGGAGGUAGUGGACAAAGAAAGCCAAUUAUAAAACACCAAAUUAAUAAAUGUUCAUAAUGCCCGGCACGUCUGUCUCAGAGGACAUCGAGCCCCCUACCCAUGAUGAAAUGUCGGAUCUCCAAAGAAAAAUUCAUCUUCUGAAUGGAGACUAUUCGAUAGCGCAUAUUGAAAACUCUCAGUCUGUCAAGAACAUAGAAACUAUCAUGCAGCUGAGACUUGAGAAUGCAAACCUGCACAAGAAACAGCCUGAGGGUGAUGAACAAGUUAUCAAGGAUGUUAUUCAAGGCCAUGGGAUGGAGAAAGAAUCAUUCAGGAACAUGUCUGUGAAGGCAGCUCAGACGGCGCUGAAGAAGCAGGUAUGUGAUAAAAUGAAGAAGCAGAAUGCUAUGAAGCACACCACUCAGACACAGAUGCUGCGUUUAGAGGACCUGAAGUUUCUAGUACUGAAGCCACAGAACAGUAGCCCUCUGCCUGACACCCAGAAAGGAGAGGAGGAAAAGAAACUGCGCAUUCUAGAAAACAGUUUGGAGAAAUCACAGCUGAAAUACCACGAAGCAGUGCACAUAACGCGAGGAUACAACAAGCUGAAGGAGCACCUACAGGAAGAGAGUCUUACAUUUCAACCACAGCUGGACAGGAUGGAGACAGAGGUCUAUUGGCAGACACAAGUACUCAAAGACCUACAGGUCAUGAACAACAAUGUUCUCCUCUUCAAGGAUACAGCCAAGGCUGAGCUCCAGCUUCAGGAGGAGCAGGUGUUCAGAGAGCGCAGAGAAAGAGAAAAAAUCCUCUUCCGCUACAAGAAGCAGGCGGAAGAGAGGAUGGCUCAGGCAGAGAGGAUGAAGAGACGACCUCAGUGGGCGCCCAUGAACCCUGAUGAGCUAAGCAGUGAGGCCCCGCGAAGUCCCACCACAGUAGAAGAAGAAGAAGAAGAAUCUAUCUCUACUUUUGAGGAAGCUUUCCAGCACGCCAAAGAGGCCACUGGAGUCACAGACUCACAGGAAAUAGUGGACAGGUUUAUCUCUCAGGGACAAACACAGGAACAUUUGGAGAAGAUGAAGGCAGAAAAUGAGAGAAUGCUGCUUGAACUGAAGGAAGAGAAGAAUACAUCACAGACUCAGUUUCAGGAUGUAAAAUACUCACGAGAAACUGAAUUCUCAAGUGUCCGACAGAUGCUGCAGGACUGUGAGCAUGACCUGCAGCAGGAGCAGCAGCAUUGUGAUGCAGCUAAAGAUGGCCUGGACAGACUCACACAAGCACUAAACACUGUCAAAGCAGGAGUGCAGCAGCUUAGUGACAAACUACAGCACAUACCACUGAUGAAGGAUACAGUACAACGGCUGCCUUUAGACUCAGAAGAACACAAGCUGCAGCUGAUGUCUGAGGCUGAGCAGAAACUGAUGCUGCUAAAGGAGGAACUACAGGGCAAAGAUCUGGCAAUCAUCAUGAAGGAGUUGGAGGAAGAAGAGUUCCAUGCCAGAAUAGCAGGGAAACUACCCCAGAGCAACACUCGCAUUCAGCUGCCUGAGGCCCAGAAACAGGACUUUUCUGAUGAUGAGGAGGACAGCGGCGUUGAUGACGGUGAUGUCACCAACCGUGUCACACUGAAGCACCAAUCGCAGUCAAUCAUUGAUGCAAACACCAGAAGGAAGACUCGCAUCAAAAAGAGGAAAGGCCAACUCUGAUCUGAUCCAGUCACAGGAGAGUUAUUAAACAUCUGACAGAGUUUAAAACAUGAUCAGCUGUAGCCACACAUUUCCUAAAAGCUUUAUCUCCAUUUAACAUGUCUGUGAAUUCACGUUUAAGAAAAUAAAUGAAUUACUGAGCAGAU